GACACGUACGUACCGUGAUAGAAAUUUGCUUCCGCGUUUGCACACUCUCUCCACACUUUAAUACCGCUUCGCUGCUCUUCUGCUCUCUUCUCUUCUCAUCUCACCCAUCUUACCGUACCCACGCUUGCUCGUACACACUUUCCUCUUCUCGCCCUGGUUAAAUUUUGUAUAAAUAUAACGUACCGUGGAAUCCCUGUAUUGUCAUCCGUAUCACACCCCAUCACAUCAUAACAUAACAUACCACAUCAUGUCUCCAAGCCAAGACACUCGUCCAUCAGACGACUCAUCCCCCCCAAUGUGGGAAAUCAAGCCCAUCCCGGGGAAAGGGCAAGGCGUUCUCGCAACGCAGACCAUCCCACCCGGAACCCUCCUCUUCCACGAAAAACCGCUCCUCACAACCGAAACCCUCACCUCCCCCGACACCACCGAGAAACAACUCGCGCAGCUUCUCCGCGGUCUCCCCAAAGAAUCCCAACGUGCCUAUCUCUCCCUGCACAACAAUUAUCCCGGCCAAGGCUCACCCCUCACAAACAUCAUCCGCUCCAACGCGUACCCUCUCGGCCCCUCCUCCCCCAUCGGCGGCAUUUUCAAAAACAUUUCCCGCAUCAACCAUUCCUGUCUCCCCACCACCCAACACUCCUGGAAUCCCAAACGUCAGGAAUUCCUCGUGCACGCCGUGCGGGAAAUCCAACCCGGAGAAGAAAUCACAACUUCCUAUCACGUGGGCGGACCCUCCUCGGAACGCAAAGCCGAAUUGAAAGAAUACUUCAAAUUCGACUGUAGCUGUUGUCUCUGCAGUCUUCCGGCGGCAGAGCUCAAAAAAUCAGACGCGCGACUCAUCCGCGCGGCGGCUCUAGACCAAGCAAUCGGACAUGCGGAAACCGUCAUGAGGAACCCGGAAAAAGUGCUCAGGUCGUGUAAGUCUCUCGAGACGAUUUAUCGGGAAGAGGGAAUCAAGGAUCAGAGGAUUGGGAGGGUGUACUGGGAUGCGUUCCAGAUCUGUAAUCGCCAUGGGGAUUUGGCGAGGGCGAGCGCGUUUGCGAAGAAGUAUAGAGAGAGUAAGAUACUAGGGGAGGGAGAGGAUAGCGAGGGCGCGGUGGAAGCGUUGGUGUUUAUGAGGGAUCCGAAGAAAGAUGAUAGUUAUGGCGGGUCGCAAAGGUGGAAGAGUAAGGUUGAGGAUAUUCCAAAGGGGGUGAGUGACGAGGAGUUUGAGAAGUGGUUGUGGAGAGAGUAGAUGUUUGGUCUGGAUCGUGGUUCUUUUCGGCUGGGUUGGAGUUUCCUUUGGUGUUACGGAUGCUUUUGGGUAACGAUAGAUCUGGGACAUAGAUCUAUCUGGGUUUGGAUCCGCAUCAAAAGAUGCCGUGUUUUCGUAUCCGGAUUAUAUAUUCCAUAUAUCUCACAUAUAUAUAUAAAUAUACUCCCAUCAAGUAAACACCAGAAUAUACAGACAUAAAUGCAUCGAAGUCGCA